UGUGACGCCUGGCACUUUUCUCCAUUUUACCUCUGAUAGCGAAAAUAAAAUCGAGUCCAUAAUGCUUAUCUAAAGUUAUGAAGAAAUCGAUUGUAGCUCUACGUUUGGCCCUGUACGGAUGUAAGAACAGACCUUUCUUCUAUCUGGUCGCAUCACAUCGUAAGAAAGCGAGAAACCGUGGCUAUUUUGAGCAGAUUGGCACAUAUGACCCUUUACCGAAUGACAGAAAUGAGAAGUUAAUCAGUUUAAAUGUCGACAGAAUUAAGUAUUGGUUAUCUGUUGGAGCUGAGCCAACACGACCUGUAGCUAUGUUGCUUGGACUGGCUGGUAUAUUGCCUGUUCAUCCACAUAGCAUAGAAAUAGCAAGUCGCAAUAGAGAUGCCAUCGCUAAGGGAGAAGCCACUGCUACAGAUGUGGAGAAAAUGGGAGAAGAAGAAAAAGAAAAGUGAAUCAAGCAGACGAGGACAGCCAUUUCUUAAGAUAUUAAGAAAUAUAAAAUUGAUAUCUCUUGUAUUUAAAAUUUUUGUUGUUACACUAGUAUUAUUCUAGUAUUCAUAGAUAAAUCUGUUGUAAAAUAAUAUACCUUUUAUAUAUAUAUGUACACUUAAAAAAACUUAUUGCAUGCGAUUUAAUCUUUGAUUUUUAUGAUUUUCCAAGCCAAAUUUUUCCGUACAAAUACAAGAGAUCAUAUGGAGAAAGAUGCAUCAUAAAAACUCAUUUUUUUAAAGAAUUGUUGGACUCGAACUUAAAAAAAAGUCACAUAUGCUCACCAAGAGAUAAAUUACAACAAUUAGCAAAGGGGGUAGGGUCAGCAUAUGUUCUAUUGGGCCUUUUAGCCUUUGAUAUGGGCUGUUUUAACCUAUUUUUAAAAUAGAUGUCAAACCCACACAUUAUGCUGUAAGAGGUGACAAAAAGGUGUGUUCACAGGUAUUUCCUAGGUUCUCUAGACUUGCAUUGCAUCCUAAAGCAAAUGUAUCAUAGGUAUAAUAUCAAUGAACAAAUGAUGUUUUGUUAGUUGAAACAAUUUAUUUCUGGUCUUCAACCAGCUUAAGGCACCUGAGAGAAUACCUUGAGGGAUAGGAGACGAGUGUGUGUUUUUUAGCACAAGUACAGUAUUUUCUUAUCACUGGACUACAGAGCUGCAUCAUGGCCAGGCUUUUAAAAAAUCAACUGAAUGUAAGCUGUUUGGGUUCAAAGCAGUGUACAGCGGCGUAGCCAGGAUUUUUAACCGGAGGGGGUGCAAAAGGCCUUUUCAAUUUACUAUAUUUUUGGCUGCUAGAAGGGGGCCUUGGCCACCCCCCUGCCUACGCCCCUGGUGUAGGAACCAAACAUCAUGGCAAAUGCUACUGACAAAAAAAGGGAACACAGCACCACUUCCAGUCUAAGCUGCAAAUAACUAAUGCAAAAAUUUAAUGAAACACCAAUAAACUAUCCUAUCGCCCGUA